AUGGCGCAGAUGUUGAAGAGGUCAUUUUCUGUGAGCGCCACCGCUUUCUCGGGUCUCGUCAAGGCUCCCGCGCAGGUUCAUGGUAUCGAAGGACGCUAUGCAUCUGCCCUCUACUCUGCUGCCUAUAAACAGAAGAGUCUCGAACAGGUGGACAAGGAUCUUCAGAAAAUCCGAUCCAUCUAUCAGCAAGAUGCCAGCUUUAGAGUGAGUGCUGCUUCGUUCGUUGAAAGCCCGUCUGUCGCUGUGAUUUUCCUUUUGAGAGAGUUGCGUUCUCAAAUCCCACUCUUCAGCGGGGGACAAAAAAAGAAUAGGUUGUUACUUGGAAAUCGCCAACAAAGCUCGGCUUAUUGGCUAAGGAAAUCGACUAACUUUCUCGUGACCUCUGCUGAACCUCUGACCAAGUCUCACGAGUCCGCUCUUAACGAUGCGCUUAACAAGCCGUCUAUUAUGGGUGGUCUAGUUGUAACUAUAGGAGAUAAGUAUGUUGACUUGUCGAUCGCGUCUCGUGUCAAGAAACUCAAGGAAGUUAUUAUUGCCUCUGUUUAA